AUGACACCACUGACAUAGUGCGCCUAAAAUUUACUAACUUAAAUUAACAUCAAAGGCAUGGAUGAUUAUCAAAUGUACCCAGUUAUGAAAUCAGCUUUGAGUAAUGUACAGCAAUUAGAACUUCAAAUAAUCAAUGAUGAUAAAAUGAGUCUUAAGGAAAAAAUAAGGUAGCAAAAAUAUGAAAGGGAGCAUUCUAGAUAUGAUAUAGUCAAGAUGAUUAAGGAUAAUAACAAUUAGAUUGUGCCACAACAACCUCUUAUAAACUAUGGACCAGAAUUUAGAGAUCCUAGACUUAAUGAAGAUUAUCUUCUGCAUAUCAAGAACAAAAUAGAUGGUGAACAGUUUUGGAUAUCAUAUAUAUCCGAUAGCUCAGCUUUAACUGAAAUCAGAUGGGAUUUGUUUGAAGAUGGCAUGCUUAAAUAUUUGCAGGAUAAGAUCAUAUUUAAUUAAGAAGAACUGACAAGGGUUAAUUGGAAACUAUUCUUUACUAUAUUGCUAGAAGUUAUAGCUCAUAAUGAGAAUGAGUACUAAUCGGAAUGCCCUCAGUAUCCAAUAUCGACUACAUAUGCUAAUCAUUAGGAGGACUACAUGUCAUUUAGAGGAAAAAAGGUAAGGAAAUCUGAUUGGAUCAAUUUUAUCAAGGAAAGAGGCUUCAGUUAAUUUGCUCGAGAAUGCAUGGUUGUCUAUAAUAAAGAUCAAGAAGGCAAUAAACUUAGAGAAGAUGAGAUGGUAAAGAAAUUAGCACAAAUUAAAAAUGCAUAAAGGAAUCGAAUAACUUAUGAAGAUGGAACUAUUUAUGAGGGUUCGAGAGAUCACGGUCGGAGACAUGGAAAAGGCAUAUUAAGUCUUGCUAGUAGAAGAGGUAUAUACAAUGGAGACUUUAAUCAUGGGAAAAGACAUGGCUACGGAAUUUAAACUUCACAUAAUAUGAUAAUAAAUAAAAAGGCAGAUGCCUAGAAAUAAGAGGAAAAAACUAAAAAGCAAAUAAAUGGAGAGUAAAUUAAUGAUACUUAGUAAACACAGAUGAACAAUGAAGAAGAUGAUGCGAUAGAGAUACCUUAGAUGGUAUAUAAGGGUGAAUGGAGGGAUGACAUGAGACAUGGAUUUGGAGUCUAAGAGUUCUAUGAUGGAUCUAAAUUUGAGGGUCAAUGGGCUUAUAAUAAAUAGAGUUUUGGAACUUAUAUCUGGCCAGAUGGAUCUGAAUAUGUUGGUGAAUUCAAUGGCUGCCAUAUUGAAGGUCUUGGAACAAUGAAAUUAGAGAGAGAAGUUAUAAAGGGUAAAUGGAGAAAUGGGAAACUUCAUGGAGAAGGAGAACGCAAAUUCAUGGAUGGAGAGAAAUACAUAUGCAAAAAUUGGAUUAAUGGCAAGAUGUUUGGUAAAGGUGAACAUCACACCAAGGAUGGUAGCUUCUUUGGAUACUUUCAAGAAAACAAGGAGAGUGGGAGGGGUAAAAAAGUUUCACAUGUAGAUGGCUAUCAGUACGAAGGCUAUUUUGAAAAUGGCCUAUUCUGUGGACAAGGAAAGUAGAUUUUUAAGAAUGGAGAUGUCUAUAUUGGUGAGUUUAAGGAUGGGUUUAGACAUGGAAAAGGAAUCUUUAAGUUUGCCAACGGAGAUCAAUAUGAAGGUGAAUGGCAGGAAGAUUACUAAAACGGUUACGGAAUUCUAAAGAUUAAGUAUGACUCCUCUUUUGGUAAAUUAGAUGCUGUAUACAAGGGUAACUUCAAAGAUGGUUUAUAUAAUGGCAAGGGUUUCUUCGAAGUUCCUGAUUUCUAAAUUUACGAUGGAGAUUUUGUUAAUGGAAUGAAAGAGGGCUUUGGGAAAUUUGUAUAGGUAGUGGACGAUGUGAAAAGAGACUACUUCAAAGAAUAGGUCUACGAGGUCUAUGAAGGCUAGUGGAAAAAUAACAAGUUUCAUGGCUUGGGAAAAUUCAAGUACAGUGAUGGAGUAGAGUACAAUGGAAUGUGGAAGGAUGGAUUGAAAGAUGGAAAGGGCACUCUAAGUAAAGGUGAUUAGGUGCUUACAGCUCUAUUCUAGGAGGAUUACGUUAUAGGUCCUAACUGGAAUGAACAUAUUGAUGUGUCGCUUUUGAACAUGAAGAUUUAUGAUAAGAUAUUUGGAAGUGAAGAGUGGAAAAAGAGGCCUAAAGAUAAUAAAGGUGAUUUUAUUAGUGAUAAUCUUGAUAGAAUCGGUAAAAGGUAUAAUGAAUGA